AUGGAAGUCGCACGCGUGUCAUGGUGCCUUGGCGUGGCCUUGGCACUCCUGUGUGGCCCCUCGUGGCCCCAAGUCCAUCCAGCCCUGGCCCCUGAGAAUGAGGUGCCACUUCGCCCCACUGCGUGGCUGCUGGAGGAAAGGGUCACUACCGUCCCCCUUCCAAAAGGAAGAGCUCGCAGACUUUACUUCACGCUGAAGAAGAAGACGGCGUUAAUGUCAGUGACUGUCAGCCCAUGUGACCUGCCCAUCCAAUGGAGCCUGGCCGCCCGUACCUUCAAGGAUAAACCCGUGAAGAGCCAGCAAUGGAGCGCCAAAAAGAGCACGCCAGAAGUUUGGUGGCGAGGCCUCGGGACCGAGGAGAGAAUUCACAGCUUCACGGGCAACGUCAUGGACACCUACGUGGGUUCUUCCCAUGCCCCGGCCUCCGUCUACAUCCUGCGGCUGCGCUCAAAAGAGAACGACACCAGAGCCACGGUGUACCUCCACGGAGGCACGGGGCCCUCUGGGGCCUUCCCUGCGCUCCCCGCCGACCCGCGUGUUCACACGCUGGGUGUGGGAAUGACCAGUGUCACCCUCAGCUGGGCACCCAGUCCUUCCCUAACCGGACUCCCACAUACCCAAAAAAACUAUGAGUACUGCGUUCUCAUUAACCCUAAACACAACUACCCCAGUCUCUGUGCUGCCCGAGAGGCCAUCAGAAAGUGGAGAGAAAAAGACCAGAAACGUGAAAGGAAGGAAAGGCAAAGAAAAGUGACGGCAUGGCCGAUUUUGAAGGACUGGUGGUGGCAGCAGUGGGAGGCCUACUCUGAGCCAGAGGCACCACCUUCCUCUCCGCAUGAUGAGUUUGCUGAUCUCCAGUGUGUCUGUCGAGGCACGGAAAGUGUUUGCACUGUCUCUGAGCUUCUCCCCGACACCCAGUAUUACUUUGAUGUGUUUGUGAUCGACAGGCUGAACGCCACCAGUGUCACGUACACGGGGACGUUUGCUCACACACAUGAGGAGGCCCAGCCGGCCAUCACGCCACUCCGGGAGGGGGAGCUGAGGUGGGUGACCUUCCGCAAUGGGGGUUCCGGCUCAGAGCAGCUCUUCAGCUUCCGCCCGCGGGGCUGGCAGCAGAGCGGCCUCCUCACCUUGCAGAGCUGCAGUGGGAGUCAAAAGGUUAAGGUCACCGUGUCCAGUAAAGGUCAAGUUUUGACCUCCCAGUCUGUGGGGAAGGAUCUGAGCCAAAUCUGGCUCCAGGGGAGCCCCUUCUAUCUCAUCCACUUAGAGAGAGAAGGAGCUCCCAUGGGCCAGGCCUCCUCUGCAGCUUUAAAUCCAGCCCUGCCUGGAGGUCUGAAGGACUCUGUCAAAAUGCAGUCCUCCUCUGCGUACCACCGCAGAGGGAUCCCAUCUCUCCCUUCAACCCUGCAGAUUAAGUCCUUUAACCGCCUGCGCGGAUGCAACAGCAUUACCCUGGCAUGGAUGGGCACAGAGGAAAGGAGCCUGUACUGCGUCUACCGCCGAAAACUUGGCAAGGGUGAGCGAGAGACUGAGGGGUCCUCUGCAGCUGCCGCCACCGCACCCUGCCUGGGGCCCGAGUCGCGGUCCGACACCGAGAGAGUUCUCUGCAAGUAUUUCCAAGAGCUGAAUCCCCGGCGGGCUGUCACCACUGCUGUGAUUGGCGGCCUGGAGUUGGGGACUGCCUACGUGUUUGAUGUCUAUCUAAUGAGACGCUGGGGGAUCCCUGUCAAAUAUAACAGCAAGAUCAUCAGAACCAGGAGGGAAUGCUGA